AUGGAGCCUCAAGAGCAGAGACAACAACAGAUUGAGCAACUGGACGGCGGCGGGCCAACGUUCCAGGCAAUUGACAGAGUCACUGUCACUAGUCCAGAAUGCGAGCAGGAUGCUAUUGCAUACUGCCAGAAAGAGGCCAAUGUCAUGGCGCUAUUACGUGAAGCUCCAGACGUGGUCGAGCCCCGGAAGAUUGUUGACGCAAUGCGCGUGGUACGUCUCUGCAUGAGCGCCCACGCGGACGUCUUAUCUGUCGAUUGUGUGAACGCACUAUCGGCGGAUAGGGAGACGAGCGCGUCCCCGAUUGCCGCAUUUGCGCAGUCAAAAAAGCACAUGAAGGCGUUCGAGCACAACGGAGAAGACGAAGACUCGUCGAUGGAGAUUAACAUCUACUACUCGAGACACCACAAUGGCGCCGGCCCCGCUCUGCGGUCGGAAAAUGCACUCGCUGCUCGCCACGUGCAGUCGAGCGAAUCGUUGUCAAGCUUUACCGAAGUGCUGGCACACCCAGCUACAUGGGCGUUCGUCCUGCCCUUCUUUGCUGUCGGAUUGUACGUGAGUCUAGCCAAAGUGGCGACAUUUUUCCGUCGACGGCGGGAGGAACGCCGCAUUGAGAGCAAGCUAUACAUGCCGGUGAAUUGA